AUUUUAAUGAUAGUCUAUAAGUUCAUCUGUAGUCAACUUCCGAUUACAGUCUUCUGUACAACACAAAUGUGUCCUCUAGAUCUAGUUAAUAGUCUACUAGCUUAGUUUCACUUUAACCAUAACCAUAACAAAAAAAACAAAAAUGUCUGUUUCACAGAUUUUCCCAAAGUCCCUACCAGUGUCAUCUUUUUUUCUGGCUUUUCGUGGAAUAUCAACAACAUCAUCUGUGUGCAAAAACAGAAAGUGUGGCGUACCAAAAGUCACUCCUUUCAGAACACAUCCACUUACUUAUGAGGAAGCCCAGCCACCCAGUAAGAUUUAUGUGACCAAAGGAUGGUUAUCAUGGAAUACAAGUAACUUGUAUGAAGAAAAAAGGCAUGCUGAAACAACCUUUGAAGAUUUGAUCAUUAGGAAGUUCAUGUUUGGCACCUGGCAUGGUAUCUUAGCAUCAGAAGUAGUAAUUAAAAGACGCCAUAAUAUGAUUGUGCUUGCAUUUUUGGCAUCCAUGGAACAUGCUCUUCAACGACAAGUCUAUUUUCUUCAAGGGUACACAGAAGAAUUGUUGACUAAUUGGUUUAAAUGCCCUGUUAAAGUUGAACUAUCUGCUGUUAGUUCCAAAAAUGAUGUCAUUUUCAAAAAAAUUUAAUUGCAGAUCAGUAUUCAUUAUUAAAAAUCAAUGUAUUUUAUCUAUAA